AUGUCGGAUAUCAAGGACGAAAAGGAUGGGUCAUACCCGGCCGAUAAGGACCCUCAGGUCGAAAAGGCCGACGUGCUGCAUUCCGAGGUUUUGGUGAACGCGGAUCUCAUGAACGAUGCUUUCGACGGUGAGAAUCGAGAGCACCAGAUGGGGGUGUGGCAGGCUGCGAAGCAACACCCAUGGGCUUGUUUCUGGGCAUUCACCAUGUGCUUUACCAUCGUCAUGGAAUCGUUCGAUAUGUUCCUGAACGGUAACUUUGUUGCAUUGACCAAGUUUCAACAAGUGUACGGUGUCAAGACCGGUCCUGAUACAUAUUCAAUCCCAACUAAAUGGCAGAGUGCCCUCUUCCAAUCCGGGCAAUGUGGUGCUUUCGUCGGUGUGUUCUUGGCCGGUCCCGUCACCAACCGUCUUGGUUACCGCUGGACUACCAUCUUGGCACUUGUUCUCAUGAACGCCACCAUUUUCAUUUCCUUCUUUGCCAACUCUCUCGCUCUCCUGACGGUGUUCCGUGGGGUUUCUUCAUUGCAAACUCCCCCCGCUUAUGCCAGUGAAAUUGUGCCUCUCUCCCUCCGAGGUGCCUGCACGGCUACUCUGCAGAUGAGUUGGUCAAUCGGUUCGAUCAUUGUCGCCGCUGCCACCCUCGGCUACAACAAGCAAAACUCCGAAUGGGCUUGGCGCGCUCCUCUGGCCUUGCAGUGGCUCUUCCCCACACCUCUGUUGAUUCUCAUCUUCCUCGCUCCUGAAUCUCCGUGGUGGUUGAUUCGUCGAGGCCGCAAAGAGGAGGCCCUUCGCUCCAUCAGGCGCCUCGGUGAGAAAAAUGAAGACCAUGCCCACCAAUCACUUGCUAUGAUGGAGCGAACGGUCGAGAUUGAGGCCCAGAUGGGCGGCGCUCCGAACCUCCUCGACCUUCUCAAGGGAACCGAUCUGCGGCGCACGACCAUCACCUGCCUAAUGUACGCGUCGCAGAACUUUGCUGGAAAUCUGAUUGCCAACCAGGCCACUUUCUUCUUUGAGCAAGCCGGUAUCUCUCCCGACAAGGCCUUCCAGCUCAAUCUGAUCAACUCCUGUCUUCAAUUUGUGGCCAACGCCGGCUCAUGGGGUCUAUCUGCGUGGUUCGGUCGUCGAACCAUCUAUCUCUGGGGCACAGCCACCAACAUCACCCUGCUCAUCAUUCUCGGCAUCUGCGCCUCUGUCCACCAGUCCACUGCGACCAACUACGCCCAGGCCGUCCUGGGAAUUCUUAUCUCGUUCGUCUUUGCCGGCACAUGCGGACCCAUCUCCUACACCAUCAUUUCCGAGACAUCCUCUGUCCGUCUUCGUGCUCUGAGCACAGCUGUUGGUCGUGCCGCCUACUACGUCGCGGAGAUCCCCAUGAUAUAUCUGGCCUCCAAGAUGUUGAACACCACGGGAUGGAACCUUGCAGGAAAGUGUGGUUACGUCUGGGCAGGUACCGCCUGCGUCUGCUGGGUGUUGGCCUACUUCUAUCUUCCCGAGCUCAAGCACCGCUCAUACCGUGAGAGUGACAUUUUGUUCAACCGCAAGAUCUCGGCCCGGAAGUUCAAGACGACUGUCAUUGACGUGAGGGACAACGAGUAA